UUUGCGAGACAAAAGCGAUCCUUGUACUAUGCAGGAAACAACAUUUAUUAAUACAUUUCGAUUCUCAAAAUCGCUAUGCAAAUAUACCUUUUGAUCUGCGUUUCCUGGCGUGUUUAUAUUUUUACGGGCAUGGCUCUUACCAAAAAUGCGUUGGUAAUAGUUAUAAGCUUUCUAUGAGCCAGCCCUCUGUGUCUAGAGCUCUGCACUUUAUUUCGAAAUUAAUUGUGGAUGUUAAGGGCAGUGAAAUUUGUUUCCCUUCAAGCGCGCAGGAUGUUUCGGAUACAAAGAAGGGAUUUUACACGAAAUUUGGGAUCAAGGGCACAAUCGGCGCAAUCGACUGUACCCAUAUUGGGAUUGUUUCACCCUCAAGCACAGACGCCACUACUCCUCUCUCACUUUUCAUGAACCGGGAAGGAUUUUACAGCCUUAAUGUAGAAGCAGUUUGUGAUCAUCGACUUCUGUUCAAAGCACGUAAUACCAUUGACAGAGCCUUUGGUGUUUCGAAGUCACGAUUCCGGUGCCUCUCAAAACACCGCAUUCUUCAUUACAGCCCUCAAAAAGCGUCUUUGAUUAUUUACGCGUGUACAAUUCUUCACAACAUUUUACUGAAGCAUGGUGUGGCUGCAGACCUUGGCUUCGAAGAAAUUUUAGAAGAAUCACAAGACACUAGAUAGAACAUUACAUUACAUGUCUUUAUAGUAUACAUACAUAUGUAUGUAUAUAUUUCCAGUGGCGUUAUGUACUAUAAAUAUAUAUAUAUAU